UCAAUAGAAUCACCUGUUUCUUGUCUUGGACAACAAGCCUCACCAACUCUCAUUCAAGAAAUUAUAAUCCAUUAUUAUUAUUAUUCAAUUAAGGCAUGAUGUACUUGAGUCAAACUUCAUACACUUCUCUCCCACAAAGUCAGAUUCCCUUCCAUUCACAAUUUCACACGCUCCUCACCUUCCUUACAAUAGAGAGAAUAUCUCUGGUAACUUUGAACAUAUGUUUAUUAUUCAAACCAUUUUGUUCUCAUUCUCAUCAAAUAAUAGAAUAUUUACAUAAUUAAAUCCCAACAAAUAGUUCAGUAUUCCAUAAAAACUAUUAUUUUAUAUCUACGAUUUGUGUACAUUGUACUGCUUGUGGAGAGUAGGAAAAGCCAUACCCUGAUAGGCUGAUACCCCCUCACCCUACCCCCCAUUCUCAGCAUCUCUGCUCAUCUAAAGAGGUAAAAGGCGAGUAAAUCCCAAUCCUUGCAGCAAAAAGCAGCAGAAAUCAAAGAGCCAAACACAACCCAUUUGAUUCUUUCCCUCAGUUUAACCCAAAACCCACAAAAAUCUGCCAUGAUUUGAUUUAUCAACACCACCCCAAAUGGGUUAUGCCUCAAAACCCUUUUCCUUUUUCCUUUUCUCGCUGAUUUUCUGCACAAAUCUUGAGCUCAUCCCACUUGCUGAAUCUGCCUCCGACUACACAGCCUUGGUCUACAAGGGCUGUGCAAAGCAGUCCUUCACAGAUCCAACUGGUGCUUACUCCCAGGCCAUCUCAGCUCUCUAUGGCUCCCUGGUUUCGCAGUCCACCAAGGCCAGGUUUUCCAAGACCACCUCCGGGAGUGGCCAAACCACCAUUUCUGGUCUCUUCCAAUGCAGAGGGGACCUCACCAAUUCUGAGUGCUACACCUGUGUGAGCAAACUGCCCCAACUGGCUGAAAGCCUGUGUGGGAAAACCAUAGCCGCGAGAGUCCAGCUCCUUGGCUGCUACAUUCUCUAUGAGGUUUCUGGGUUUGCUCAGAUUUCAGGCAUGGAGUUGCUCUACAAGACCUGUGGGGCAACAAACGUGGCCGGAAGUGGGUUUGAGGAGAGGAGGGACACUGCGCUUUCGGUGCUGGAAAACGGCGUCGUUAGCGGCCACGGGUUCUACACCACGAGCUAUCAAGCCAUGUAUGUGUUGGGCCAGUGUGAGGGGGAUUUGGGUGACUCCGAUUGUGGAGAGUGUACGAAAACCGCCGUGCAGAAGGCUCAGGUUGAAUGUGGAAACGCUAUUUCCGGCCAAAUCUAUCUGCAUAAAUGCUUCAUUAGUUACAGUUACUAUCCCAAUGGGGUUCCCACCAGAUCAACUUCAUCCUCCUCCUCCUCCUCUUCAUCUUCUUCAUCUUCAUCAGGGGGUACUACGGGAAAGACAGUGGCUAUAAUAUUAGGAGGGGCAGCUGGAGUGGGGUUUCUAGUAAUUUGCCUACUGUUUGCUAGAAGUUUGCUGAAGAAACAUGAUGAUUUUUGAGUUGGGGUUGUUCUAAAAAGAGGCAAAAGUUUUUCUGAGGUAGAGUUUUUUCUACAAAUAUUAUUUUUUGUUUUUAGGUAAAAAGGAGAUGGGUUUUUGUGGUGAAUAUGAGUGGCAAAGAAAGAGAGAGAGAGAGAGAGAGAGAGAGAGAAAGAUAAAGAAGGUUUAUAUGUUGGGGAUUAAUAUUCUUAGUUCUUACAGUUAGUAAGAAUUUUUUUGAAGAAGGGGAAGCAAUUAGGGCAUGAAAAGUAAGAAAAAUUUUUUCACAAAAAGUGAAAUGGGUUGGAAUGAAUGUUUGUCAUUAUGGGUGGAAAGAACAAAAAAUUCAGUGGGAGUGUGGAGGAUGAAUGGGGAUUUAGGCAUGGGUCCAUGUGGGUGUUUCUUUGUUUUCCCUCUUCUCUAGAUUAAUGCAUCUCUAUUUUCUUACACACUUUAUGCU